AUGACUUCCUCUGGCCAGAAUCAAAGUGAAAUCAGUUCCGAAAAAGCUGCUGCAAAUGUGAAAACUGUGGAAAGGGAUUGGCGCUGCACCUAUCCAAAUGAGAGAAGGGAGAGGAGUCAGAUCUACGCUCUUCUGAGCAUCAGUAACAGUACAGAUGAGCAAGAGGAGAAGUCUUUGGAGUGUGUUAAUGGAACAGGAUGGGAGGAAGCAGUACAAGGCUGGAGCAAGACAGUCCCAUUUGCUUAUCUUCAGUUACAAAAAAGAGCUAGAAGAACAAGGACAAGUGAGUCAGUCAGUGGCUGCCUGUAUUGCUUAGAUCUGAUGCAAGUUAUUGACAAAGGCUUGGAGCAAGACCCCAAGUUAAGUGCAAGUCUCACCACAGACAGUAUUCCAGAAAAACAAAGUCUGUUCUAUUCUAAUCCAGCCCUGAGCUCUUACCCUUUGGUAGAUGAUGCAAAAAAAGACAACUGUAAUGGAAAAUUGUAUUCUGCCCAGAUAUCCCAAGGGGAAAAGAAAAGAUUGUCCCUAAAGGAAGCUCAGGCUUUUCUAAGUGAAAAGAAGACUUUUCUAAUGAAGGAGGAUCAGCUAUUCCAAGCAGAAAAGAAAGUGGUGCCAAUAAGAGAGUAUAGCAUUCUGGCUCUGGGAAAGCCCAAAAGUGUAGAAACCUUGAAAUGCAAAGAUACAAAGAGCCACGAGCCUAUUACAGGUAAUCUGGGAGACUCUGAAGCCACUCCUGUGAAAUCAUCAAUGGUAUUGCCACCUCUGAAGGACACAGCUCUCAAAAACAGCCUGGACCUGUCACCAAAGAAAAGUAAGCCCGUUAUUUUCCAGGCAAAUGAAAGAGCAUCCCAUGCUGUUUCAAAGACAAUUUCCUUCACUCAGGUUUUUAAAACCAAAGAACCCAGCCACGAGAAGGGAGUAGACCCAACAGGUGAUGUGUUGAAGGAGCCUGUAAAAAUUUACGAGAGAGCCUCUUUUGCCCCAAAGUUUCCUAAGACUUCAUGCAUCUCAGGAGCCAUGGACCAGUGCUACUGGCGCUGUGCUCUUUUGCCCGAUAGGAAAAUUACACCUGUAUCUAAUGCGAUUGCAUUGAGAAGAACGAGUCAUCUCUCCGGCAUGCAUUUUCUGCAUACAAAAGGAGCACGUGACAGCAGAGCCGAUGAGAAUUGGGACCCUUUCACCAGAAGCAGGAGUCAUACUGGACCCAGACAAGGAAAUGAGUCAAAAACACAGGACAUCCCACUACUUUCUGGACUGUUUCCUUCCUUAACGGUCAGCCGUGUUGCAAUAACUACAUUGCCUUCUAGGCUGACCUGA